AUGACUGAUAAUUCUAUCAAGAAGUGGGACAAUGACAUUUAUGUGUUCGAUGUCACCGAAGCAUCAAGAGUUAAGAACCCUUGGUUGGAAGAUUUUGGAAGAGAUAGAUUUACCUACGAGCCAGAGUAUCCAUUAUUGACAGCGAUUGACGCAAGAAUUAAUGAAGCUCAUUAUGCUCAUGGUUACCCAUACACCUCAUGGCUUUAACUUUCCUUGGUUUAUGCAGCUGGUCUUUACACAGCCAAAGAGCAGGGUAUUGUGAAGAAGGGUGUUUACUUCCAGAGAUACUGGAGAGCUCACUACUUUGACUGGCUAAUGUUCAUUAGAAGAGCUGGUAUUUACGGAAUCGGUGGAGGUCUUGUAGCAGGCACAUAUUUGUUCGGUUCACCUAGCAUCUCAAUGAGGAGAAUUGUAAAUGGUUAUCACUAUUACUUCACAUGGUAAACAACAGACCCAAGAAACACAGAUACUCAGCAUUUCAUUAAGAACAAUAGCUGA